AUGUCAGGGCUAGAGGAGUGUAGGCAUUUGGAGAAGCCGUCAAAGGUGCAAUUUGCUGGAUCAUGCUUUCUCAUGGUAUGGCUGUUCGUCUGCUAUAUACCACAAUACGCUCGGAUCGUCCGUCGCCAGUCCGCUGAAGGCUUGUCGACACUCUACAUUCUGCUGGGCUCGUUAUCGGGAGUAUGCGCCAUCGGUAACAUUUUGGUCCUGCCGUCCAGUGCAGUCGACAUGGGCUGUUGCAGGGUGAACAGCUACUUCGCCUGCAUCGGUAGCCUGCUCGGUUUGAUGCAGGUCAUCUUUGGCAUCGCUUGCUUCUGGGUCAUCCUGUUCCUGUACGUCUACUACUCGGAAGAGGAAGGCGAGGACGAGAAGAGUGGGCGAAGAAGAUCAACAGCGUGGAUGGUCCUGGCGGUUGUGGGCGGCUUUGCUCUCGCCGUGCUGUCGCUCUCGGUAAUGGUGCUGCGUCAAACUCCCGGCAUGGCGCAGACCUACGCAGACAUGCUGGGCAUUGCAAUGACAUGUCUGGCCAGCGUGCAAUGGCUGCCACAAGUCUACACCACGUGGCACCUGGGCCAUCUGGGCAGUCUCAGUGUCGUCGCCCUUUGCCUUCAAACUCCGUUCACGUGGACCUUCUCGAUCAACAUGAUGAUGCGAUAUGGCGUGGAGGGAUGGAGCGUGUGGGUGGUAUACGUCUUUGUGGGAAUCAUGGAAUGGACGUUGAUUGGCACCGCCGUCCUCUUUCACAUCAGGGACAGAGGCAGGGGCAGAAUCAGUAGUCGCCUGUCGACUGGUAGUGGCCUUGGUUCUGUGGAGGAGCGCAGGCCGCUGCUUUCCCACGCCUGA